AUGGUUUCCCCUGUCGCAGACCUCCCUACUCUAUCAGAUAUUGGUAUUCACCCCCCUCCGUCUAUUCUUGCAUCAAAGGCCUUCGCAUACGCAAAACAUCAUUGCACCGAAGCAGUCUACAACCAUGCGAUGCGCUCCGCAUACUGGGCAAUGAUAAUCGCCAAAAAGCUUCCAGAAUUCCACAACAACCCGAGACUGAACCUAGAGGCGGUCUUCGUUAGCUGUAUUCUUCACGACAUGGGAUGGGCAAAUACACCAGAACUGUUAUCAUCCGACAAGCGUUUCGAGGUUGAUAGCGCCAAUAUCGCACGGGACUUUAUCUAUGAUGAGCAAAUUCAUCUAAGCACCGAGCCAUGGAGUUAUGACACUAUCCAGCGUGUCUGGGAUUCAAUUGCUCUACACACAACACCCUCUAUCGCUAGACAUGCGGCGCCCGAUGUUGCUCUCACUAACUUGGGCAUCACGGCUGAUUUUGCAGGCCCAGGGCUUCCUGGGCCAGAUGGGAAACCGCUUAUCACAUACGGGGAGUAUUGUGCGGUCAUGAAAGUCUUCCCUCGUGCUGGCUUUAACUCAGAGGGAUUUAAGGAUAUAAUGUGCUGGUUGUGCCGCACAAAGCCCGAGACAACCUACGAUAACUUUGUGGGAGAGUAUGGAUGCCAAUUCGGACCUGAUGGCAAUGGGGAGGGAGUUGAGGGGUUUAAAAAGGCGUGGGCAGCAGGACAGUCCAGUAAAAUUUUAAUGCCAGGCCUGGAAAAAUUGGAGUCAAUUGAUCCUAAGUAG